AUGGAUCAGAAUUAUCUACGCUACGACAUGCAUGCCUUAGGUGUCGACAAUACAUACCGUUGUGGCAGUUGUAAUAUGCGAGCAUCAUUUGGAAGUGGCGAGGCCGAGUAUUCACGCAUCGUAUCGAAGGCCAGCGCCAAAAUGCUGAACUCGUUGUGGGAAAAGAAACAAAUACCUGAAGAGGGUUGGCCAGAUCAUGCGUUGGAUCUGUUUCUCUCUUGGCUUGCAUGUCAUGACACCAACAACAGAGUAGACAUUAAAACUGUUGGUGCAGGGGAAAGGGAAGGACGAGUAGUAUGCUCUUUCGUACGGAAGCUUCAUUGCAACCUUUCGCAUGGAAUUGGAAGAAGUGGCAACAUUGGAGAUAUUCAGCCGAAGGCUCUUGGUUCUUCAAUGCUAGCUUGUCUUGCUAAUGAAUUCGCCUUACAUGCAUUACAAGAGAUUGGAGUAGUCACGUGCAGAGGCGCUCUCGUUGUACCGCUAUGCACUGGAAUGGCAUUGUCACUGUGCAUGGGAUCAUGGCGAAAACUACGGCCUAAAGCUAAGUACGUCUUGUGGUGUCGCGUCGAUCAGAAGUCAUGUUUCAAGGCGAUCUUGCAUGCAGGAUACGAACCUAUCAUAGUAGACCCCGUCCGAGAAGGUGAUGCCUUGAUGACGGAUGUGGAAACACUGAACAGGAUACUAGAACAGCGCGCAGAAGAGAUUCUUUGUGUACUUUCUACCACCUCUUGCUUUGCACCCCGAAGCCCAGACUCGUUAGAAGCGAUUUCCGGAAUUUGUCAGAUGCAUAAUGUUCUCCAUCUUGUGAACAAUGCGUACGGCCUUCAAAGUGAGGAAUGCGUCAGACGACUUAAUGCUGGUCGCUCUUCUGGUCGAAUCGAUGCGUUUGUACAGUCCCUUGAUAAAAAUUUCCAGGUUCCUGUAGGGGGCGCCAUUAUUGGGACGUUCAAGCAAAGUGCUAUUCUGCCUAUCGCCCAGUUUUAUCCUGGUCGUGCGUCGUGUGUGCCAUCGCGAGACCUUGUACUUACAUUACUUCAUCAAGGCCGCCGAGGGCUAAUCGAGACAUACGACAACCAAAAAAGGUUAUUCCACAAAAUGAAGAGACGCUUAUCAUCCUUCGCCAAUGAGAUUGGAGAGUGCGUGUACGACGUAGAUGAUAACCUUAUUAGCUUAGCUCUUACCCUUUCCUCGAUUCCGAAGGAGAAACAAACUUUGUUUGGAUCCAUUCUCUUCAAUCGCGGGGUCUCCGGUGCCCGUGUGGUGAUGUCAACUACUAGCAAGACAUCCAUUGAGGGUUACGAAUUUAUGAAUUUUGGUUCACACAGUAAUGAACAACACGGCGGAUACCUAAACAUAGCCUGUGGCGUAGGAAUGUCAGAAAGUGAAUUGGAUGAAUUGUUCAGCAGAAUUGCGACGACUUAUACGAAAUUCUCACGUCAGAACGGAUUGUUUGUGCCACGAAGUGAAUCUCGGCUCUAUGAGUUUGAGAGUGAUGAGUAG